CAAGACCCGAUCGCAAUGCGAUUUCUCGAACCCGUCGUGCGUCCUUUCAGGAAGCGCUCGUCGAAUGCGACGCAACCUGCGCCCUCGAGCAACACACAAUCCUCUUCGGACGAGCGUCCUCGGUUCUUACGCCUGCGCAAUCCCUUCAAGCGAUCUGGAGAGGUUAAGACGGUCAAAGUCACCUCUGAGCACUAUCUUGGUUUCCAGUUGGAUUCAGGCUACCAUUCUGAACCAUCGUCUAGUCAUAAUGCCACCUCAAACCACCAGUCUAACUCUAUGAUCACUGAUGCUUUAUCUGCCCACUCUAAUUCUGGCAUUCUCAGCCUGGAUCAUGUCAUCUCCAUCAUAUCCACAUCUAGUGGAUUGACCCCUGCUCCUCCUGAGGCUUCCAACCCCGGGGCAUCUAGUUUACAUCAUGACACAACCAGCAUUCCCAUCUCCAAUUACUCCGGUACUCCUUCUAUUUCCCACAAAUCCGCCGAGGCCUCAAACACCAUCGAAUCACGUAGCAAUCACGCUGAAUCGGAACAUUCGGAGACUGAAGCAGCCUGUGAUUCUUUACCACCAAUCGUCACUUCGAAAGCUGAGCUCAACAAGAUCUUUGCGUCGAUCGGGCAUCAUACUGUGAACUUGCAUUGCCCCGAGGCCCAGCAGGCAAUAGAUUCCAUCCUCGAAAUGCAAGACCGGAGUAAGCGCUUGGCUGAAUCGAAUGAGCCAUGGGAUCCUCUGAUUACUUGGAACAAUCACACUUUCCCUCUCAGCAGUGUUGAGGGAGUCGGCCAGGACUGGGUUCAUCGAGUAUCUUAUGCUCGAAAGCUCUCUCAUCUCCAAAAUAUGCGACUUGUACACGAAGAGGACAUCUCUCUUAUGAUCCGGAUGAUGUUCCCAGACGAUGAUACUCACAUUAUCUCAGAUAUCCAUGCUCGCCUCCUGGCAAACAACUUGGCCGAUGAAGGCCUUUUGACACGCCCAGAAGCAGAGCAGUUGGCAUCACUUGCUUUGACACACAUGGACAUCGGUAAUUAUGGGUUCAUGGUUCCGGUAAAUACAGACGAGGAAGUGCCAUCAUUGAAUUUGUUCAACAAGCUUCAACUCAUGGCCACUCAAAAUCGACUCACUGAUCUGAAGCGCCUGAGCAUAGCUGCCGCAUACCGUGUUACCGAACGCGCAGGUGGAGUUUAUGGUAGGUUGCGAUUUCUUGACGCUUGCGGUGACUUGAAAAAGUACAUCAACGCCUACGAUGCCCAAAAAGCAGGUUACGUACCCACUCAGUUGCACAAAUAUGCUCGCAACUGGACGCCCCAGGAAGAGCGUAUUCUCCAACGCAGCAAGGUAGUCAUGGGGCUAUAUGAUCGCUAUGACGCUGGUGAGAUCACCGAUUUCGCGUUCGUCAAGUGGGUUAGGGGCAGCUACUUCCCCAUGAUGUAUCAGACACGGGGGUAUUAUGAAAUGGUCGCCCCGAUCCUCUACGAUAAAGUCGAUGCUAGCGGGGUGUCUUUCGAUGAAAUCUCCAAGAUCCUCGCCCUAUUGCCGGAAUUUGAUGAAUGCCACUUCAAGGGCGGCGAGGAAUUGAUCGAUCUCAAGCUGAUGCUCUCCCAGGAGCUAGAGCAACACACUGAAGCGCACAAAUUAUUGGUCAACGACCACAAAGUUGCCCAGAAAUCUUUCAAGAAGUUUCUGAAGAGUCGAGCAGGCAAAGAGUUCGCAGCGGCCCGAAAGGCUCCUACUACACCAUUCGACCCUUUUGCCGAUCUUCCUAUCUUUAACCUGUGGAAAUUGAACUAUUCUACCGUCCCCGACCUAUCCAUGACCACGAUCCGUUCUUCGUUGGGCGUUCCAUCUAUGGUUUCGAUCCGUUCUUCCGAGGACAGCCCGGCAUGA